UCCAACGUCACACCAACUUUAUGCCCGUACAUAACUUGCAUGUAACCUUAAAUAUACAAUGUCAUCGUCAGUUACUGCAUUAAUUAAAAAAAAAAAAAAAAAAAAAAAGCUGCCCAUAAUAAUUUGGCGAAGACAAGUGGGAACUAAAAUAUCGAGAGGAAGACUGUACGGACAACGUUUACGGGAACACACAUUUGAGAGAUUUCUCCAAGGAGCAGCGGGUUUGGUGUGUGUUUUGGUACAGGAAGAAAAAUAAUAUAACCCAUUGUGUGUAACUGUUUAAAAUUGGAUUUUAUUAUGCGCUGGGCUGGCUAGAUUAGUCGGAUUUAUUUGAGUAAGUACAUCUUGAGAGAAUAAAGACACAGAGAGAAGUUCACGGCGUGAAUCCAUCAUUUCAUCAUGGCUUCAACAAUCGACUUCAGGACUCACGUGGAUCAGUCGUGCAGAUACUCCGAGGAGUUUGUCAACAUUUACUAUGACUGCAUGGACAAAAAAAGAAGAAACCUGACAAGGCUCUACCUGGAUAAAGCCACACUGGUGUGGAACGGGAAUAAUGUUUCGGGACAGGAUGCGCUUGGAGAAUUUUUUGAGUCUCUUCCCUCAAGUGAAUUUCAGGUGCACACACUCGACUGCCAGCCUGUCCAUGAACAAGCGACUCAAGGCCAGACAACAUUGCUGGUGGUCACUGCGGGCACGGUCAAGUUCGACGGGAGCAAACAGAGAUAUUUUAACCAGAAUUUCCUGUUAACGGCUCAGGCGUCCCCGAACAGCGACCAGCCAGUGUGGAAAAUCGCAAGUGACUGUUUUCGCUUCCAAGACUGGGCAAGCUGAUUGAUCGUGACUUCCAUGUCCUGUUUGUAUGAUUAAAAAAAGGCCAAUGUGGAAGAUCUGAGUUACUGUUACUUCCACGGCUAGUGUAACUUUUUUUUUAAGCGUGUUGUAAAUUAAAGAUAUGAUACAAAAUCACACAGUGGACAGCAUGUACUAUGUAGAAAACAAUUUAAUUAUCACAAUGUAUAUUACAUACAGAAUGUGGUUCACAAAAUUGAAUAAAUAAGAGUGUCAUGAAACAUUCAAGCAAAUGCAUGGGAUCCUCUAACGUUCAUUUCGAACGGUCCAUUACAAAGAAUUAAGCUGGGACCCUGAGGUUUGAUGGAAAGUCUUUCAAGUUUUAAAAUUAAUUCAUUUUUUAUGUGUUUUAUUAAUAUCAUAUCCCUUCAGAAGGGUGAACACACAAUCCCAGUCCAUUUCAAACAACAUAGUCUUUGUUGGUACAGUGGCUGCUCUUUAAAUAAUGUCAACACAUUUAACACACUUAAAUUAAAUAAACAGUGCAAACAAUCAAUACGUUUUUCAAUAGCAAUUAAAUAUUUUGUAAGGUGAUUGGUGUCUAAUCUUCAAAUGGAAUUCUGCAUUUUUUUUGAAGCUGCAACUCAAAUAAAUUAUAGUGCAAAAAAAGUAGGCUGUGUAUACUAAACUGGCACAACAAGCGAUUGCAACAGUAUUUAAACAGAAAAUAUGUCCAAAGACAAAAGUAUAAUCUAAACUCUCAGUCAGUAAUUUCUAGUCACUAAAUACUGUCAAAUAUAUUCAACAGACUGCUAUGGGAACUGGUUAAACAUUGUGAGCUUCAGCAAUUGUUUUUACAGAUAAAUAUGUUUCAAAUGCUUUCCCUUCAUAACUGCUGGCUAUGAUUUUACAGUCCUGAGUCCUUCCAAAAGUACAAGGUCAUUCAAUAAAUUAGCACAAUAUUAACAUUUGAAGAACCACUUAAUGCAAGCAAAACGAAGCACAGCCAAAAAAUCUGAAAUUCACACACAAAGAAAGAUAAUCGGUCAGUCAUGGAGCCAUUGCAAAUCCUUUCGAGUACAUCAGUGGAUGUGCGUAGUUCCUAACAGGAGCGCUCUGCUAUUGAAAAAGACUGCUCAGAAGGCACAAAGAGGUCACCAUACGCUGCUCACUUCAGAAAGGAAGCACAGCCUAGCUCUCUGUAAAGUGACAACCUCGUCUCGUAUCUAACGACUGGUUUUUGCCUUCAGAUUCUUUACACAAGUGUACUAGAAAGAUGAAAAUACAAACCAAUCUUUUUUUUUUUUUUUUUUUUUUACAAAAAUACAAA